AUGCAAGUGGCGAGUGCGACAUUCAUUGCGAGCAGCCUCUCAGGCUUAGCUCUUCUAACAAGCCUUUUCGCGCUUUCUUCGAUCUACAACAAUGUUCAAGAAUAUUGGUUCGAGUUGGACGAGGAGAUGACGGGAGUUCGGAAGGAUCUUGAUGACAUGUGGACUGACAUCAUGCAUCUUCAAACCAAUUCCGGAUUCAAUGUUUUUCGCUCAAGAAGACCGCGUGCUUACGACGACGGCAGCUAUAAAGAGGGCGGCUAUGAUACUGGAGCUCCUGCGCAUGAUAUUGGAGCUCAAGCUCCAUCUGGUCCAGCUCCAACCUCACCGGAAACCUGUCAGUGCAACGCGGAGAAUAAAUGUCAUCCGGGACCACCAGGACCGAAAGGAAUUCCGGGAAGUCCCGGUCCAAAUGGAGUUUCCGGAAUCGACGGAGUUCCCGGCUUCGACGCCGAAGACGUCGAACCGCAAUCACAGGACACUGGCAUCUGCUUCUACUGUCCAGCUGGUCCGCCAGGCCCUCCAGGGCCCAUGGGUCAUCCGGGACUGCGCGGAAUGAAAGGCGCUGACGGGCAACCGGGACGACCAGGAAAAGACGGACAGCCUGGAAAGCCAGGAGAAAUGGGAGCGCAGGGACCACAAGGGAAACCGGGACCCGAAGGCAAGCCGGGAGAGAAAGGCGCCGACGGACGCAAACCUAUUGGACGACCAGGACCAAAGGGACAGCGCGGACCACAAGGAGUACAAGGACCGCAAGGAGCUCCGGGAGAAGACGGACCACCAGGAGAUGCAGGACCGGAAGGACCACCAGGAGGGCCGGGAGUUCAAGGAGAACAAGGAGUCGAUGGCCCGCCGGGACCAGAAGGCAAAAUGGGAAGACCGGGGCAGGACGCAGAAUACUGUCAUUGUCCACAACGCGGAUCACAUGGUGGAUCAUCAAGAAGUCGCGGUGGAGGUACAACCGGCGACUCCUACAACACCGGUGGCGAGCCGUACAAACGCAAGAAGUUGUUGCGCAAAUUUGUUUAA